AGCAUUACACUUUACAGACGAUACAGUCUAGUAAUGGCAUGAUGGCAGUCUUUACCUCCCGCAUUUCUCCCCGCACUAGCUAAACUAUGACCUUUGAACUUUGACCUUUGCGGUGCUGCUUUCACAAACAAGAUAACUAUGAAUCAGAGCAGGGAAUACUUUAUUUUACUACUCCCUGAAUCAGAGUAUGCUGUGUGCAGCGCCGCAUGCCUUCACUACUAACAAGCUGACUAUGACUUUUGAGUCUGACCCUAUCGAGAAGAAUGAGAAUGAUGAUGGUAUGGCUGUAGAAGAGUACCUGCAUCCUAUGGGUUGAGAGACGUGAACAAAAUCCGGUAAUAACGUAGAUCUACCUGCCGGAAGAUGGAUUACAGUGUUGAAACCAACUCUCCGGCCAGGAUCAGGAGCCCAAAUGGUAUAGUUAUCAUAGAGACUGACAACGCAUAUCUUAGUACCACGGUGUUAGUCGACCCCAUCACACCUUCAGAUGAUUCUCCUAUUCUUCAUAGCGAAUUCGAAUCCGCUGAACAGGUCUUGCUACCAUCUGAAACCGAGUGCAGAGACAACGAUGAAACUCACUCUAGAGUUCAGCGGUGGCUGAAUGUGGCUGCUGCGUUUGCUUUGAUUUGGAUAAGUUUUGGAACGGAAUGGUCGGACGGUAUUGUAUAUUCUCGACUACUACUACCUCCAUGCACUGAGCCCAGUCCUCAAGGGACAACUAACACAUCACAGUAUCUGUAUCUGGGAAACUCUACCCAGGGCAACGAAUAUGGCAAUGCUACAGAUCCGGAGGAGGUCCAAUACAUGACGUCUACACAGUCACUAGAUUUACCGGACCAUCUAUGGUCUAUGAAUAGUUCGGAUGGUGCUUUGGACAGUCCGUGCGAUAAUGUAACCCAAUCUACAGCGAAUACGUCCUCCCGAGCGAACGAGAGCAAAGAAUGUGGAGGAUUUGGACAAGGAGCUGCAGCAACAGCCUGGGUGAAUUCACUCACUUCUGGUGUUCGCUCUCUAACAACCGUAUUUGCACCGCACUUCUUUGAUGCUUUUGGACUGAGGCCUAUGGUCCUCUUCUCCAGCGCCGUAUUUGCUAUAGGACUACUGUCCAGUUCGUUUGCUAACCAUCUGUACUGGGUUUACAUUGCACGAGGAGUUGUGUCAGGCGUCGGAUCAGGCUUUCUCUCUUCAACGCCUGUAUACGCCCUUUCAGUGUCCUCCGGGGACGACUAUGCACUCAUGUCUGGAAUAGCGUACACCGCCAUGGGUUGUAGCUGUGUGUUUAACGGCUAUGUUGGCAAAGAAAUUAUCACAGCGUACAACUGGCGAUGGUACUAUCGCAUGAUAUGUUUACUCUCUAUCACCGGCCUGCUUGCUGCAUUUCACCUAGGCCACUCGCAACACCGCAGGAAGAAUACACUGUCAUCUGUACGUAGAGACCGUGCUGUAUCCAGACUGCGUGCCAACUUCCUAGAUUUGAUUCGGUCGUGUGGAAAAUCACGGACACUCUACAAAAAUGGUAACUUUCUUGUGUGUAUUCUAAUCAGCAACAUGGCUGCAUUGGGAUCCAGUCUACCAAUGGUCGUAGCUGCACACCGAGCCGAACUGCUGGGUGUGAGGGACAAUGAAAUCUACGUGCAAACGUCGUACUUGGGCUAUGGGAGUAUAGCUGGAUCAUUGUGCUACACACUAUGUGCUUGGCGUGGACGGCAACGCAUUAGCAAUACUGUUCGAAUAGGAGUAAUCUUUAUGGCAAUGGGAUUGACAAUAGCUCUGAGUUCCUUGAUCAAAACAAAGGCUGAUUUGAUCGUCUGCAAUGUUAUUUACAUGAUGUUUCGCACGUCGUCUACGGCUGGUUGGGGACCGUUCAUCAGCGACGUAGUCCCUUCAGAAUACACUGCGCUGGCGUAUGGGCACCUAAAUAUAUUAUGCGCACCAGUUGUCUUCCUUGGCCCUCCGCUGGCAGGAUUUGUCUUUGACAAGACGAACAGCUAUGCUCUGCCAUGUGUUGUUGGUGGAGUUGUCAUAGCCGCAUCUGGCAUCAUUGCCUUUCUUGUUGAAGUUCGCAUCCGGCAAUUACGGAAACGAUCUGGCCCUUCAGCUGGUAGUUCACUGGCUACUGCACGCCCUGUCAUGUAGAAUUGGAUCAACCCAGCAAGACUUAGCUUGUGACUGUACAGCUUCCAAUUAUAAACUGGUACUGACAAACCAUCAAUCGUGAACUGUCUAUCAUAAAUGAAAAUUUGAUAUUGCCCAUGUCAGUUAAAGUGUCCUAUCUUUUUUAUUAUUGUAGUAAAACUCCCCUAAUCUGGACGCCCCCAGACCGGCCAUGUCCGUCUACCGGGCACUUUUCAGACCCAUCUUUAGUGACCGUAAAAAUUGGCUUUUCAACGAAAAAUGGUCCCAAAAAUUAUUGAUCGUCAUGAAAAUAAGUUUGUGCCUGCAAUGCAUAUAAGAGGAGGAACAUCGACCAUCCUGUUUCAACACUGCAUGGUUGUCUAUCUGCUAUCCCUUCUCUCUUCUCUAAACCAAGCUCUUUGGCAUAAGUGAUGCUGUGGAUGAAACUUCAGCUCACAUGCAGUUUGAUAGGCAAGGGUUGUAAUGAGUUUCAGCAGGCAACAAUGUAGACAACAUCACGAAAAGAAAAUGAUUCAGGCUACUCUGCGCAACAAUUUGGAAAUAAUUUCCAGGAGUACUUUCGAUGCUCUCUCAUCAGGUGGAAUACAGGCGUAAGAAACCGGAUGAGCACAACGCGCUAGGUACAGGGGUUGUGAGACGUGAUAGAUUGAGCAGCCCAAAGCAGAGCACCCAGAAACAAAAUGACCCCACCCUGAUUAAGCUUCUUCGCACUCAGCACCUUUUUCUCAUUCCAUCUACCGUAUGUGUAAGAUUGUAUGAGGUAACGCAUUGUUUUCGUGUUCUUUCUCGUUACUCUUCUUAGCGCUGUUUCUGCAGAUAACAUCACAUCUCUACUAUAAUGAAUUCACAGUGUGUUUUUUCAAUUUCUUUUUGCUUGUAUCAGUAGCACAUGAUGAAAAGGCAUCGAAAGUCCGUGUGGAAAUGUUUUCAAAAUGUUGAUUGUUCUUUUCUUGAGUGGGAUGGAAUGAACUAAGCUACGACUUUACUUUAGCACAAUUCUCCACAUCACAGUGCGCU